AAACGUCAAAAACAGAUGUUUAUUGUUGAUUCAGUAACCGAACCGAAGCAAUAAUAUUCUGUGCAUGAUUCAAACAUAUUAACAAAAGGAUAUUUAUUUAAAUAAACAUAUUGAUACAUUCUACACGUAUUAUUACGUCGAUUAUAUUAUUGUUCGUGGAAAAUAGUGUCAAAAUAAUGAAUCCUAUGGGAAGAAUGGCCACAGGUAACUACGAUGACCAAAAUAGGCCAUCAGUAUUCACCGACCAGUAUCCUCCUCCUGCAAGGCCCCCUUUAAAUUGGAAUGAUAUACCUGGAACUUCUCAGACUGCUAUGAAUUUUGGAAUACCUCCUAAUGUUGGUUUCAACAUGCAGCCACUAGGAUUUCCAGUUCAGCCAAACUUUCAAUUUAGCAAUAACAGAGAAAAUUUUGGACCGACUGUUCAGUUUCCUUUUCCAAAUAUGCGUCAGAGAAAUGCCCUGGAAAGACAUAUUUCUUUUAUGCCAUGCAAGAGGAAAACUGACUCACCAUCUCUACAGCCAGCAAAGCAAUUUAUAACAGAAGAGAAAAUGUCCGAACAUUUAGCAAACCUGCGCAUCAGUUCAGAAACACCAACUGAAAUGGAAAGUGAGGAGGUUAAAGAACAAAGACUCUACAUGUGCGAAGAAAUGAAAAGGUUCCAGGCGCAAAAUGAACCAAUCAUUCCCGAAUCACUUCUUACCCAUAUGAGUAGACCAUGCACUGCAUUAGUGCUGUGGAAGCCCCCGGAAAGUAUACUAGCUCCAUCAAUAUUCAAUUAUAGGGAAGAAGAUAGUGAAAACAUUGAAAAUAAUAAUAAUAACGAUGACAACUACAACAGUCCUGAACAACCAGAUAACAAUGCAGAUCUAGUGGAUGACGUGGAGUUUGAAGAACUUUAAAAUCUCAAUUCGACUAAGACUGAAGAUUGUUUGUUCACUUCCAUAUUUUCAUGUGACAAGAAUAUGUGAUAUUUCGAGAAUCGAAGCUGUUAAAAUCCCUCGUUUACAUAUUUCAGACUAUAAAUUUUCUAUAUUUUGUAAGGCUGUAUUUUUAUCUUGGAGAUUCAAAAUCUGAUGACUUCUCGAAAAUUGUAAGUUGGAUUUUUCUCAAAAUCGAAUGAAUGAAGAUUAAUUUUUGGUUUUGUGGAGAAAUUUAUUUUCGAACAAAUUUUUGUUAAUCACCGUGUGAUAUUUAAAAGGAAUCGGUUUGUAUUUGGUCCGAAGAAAUUCAUACUUUUCAACCCAGAUCAAAUUGAUCAUGAAUAAAUUCCAAUAAACUGAAUUAGCCUCAAUAUUGGAAGUGAAUUCAGCUGGAGAUUAUAUCAAUUGACAUUUUAAAUGUACAAAUAAUUUUAAGUAAGUGUUCUCUGUCUCUUGUUCUUCAAAAUUUAUGCUGUCUGUUUUGUUCGAUUUUGCAUUUUAAGUAACAUUUUCUAGAGUAUUGUAGUUUGUCAAAAUUAUUGUUUUUAUUUUCAUUUUUGAUUUAUAUUAAAAGUGCAGAGUGUUAACAAAAUGCACAUUAUUUGUAACUGCAUUUAUUGUGCUGUUUAAUAAAAUUAUUGACUCAAA